AUGAUUCAUGUUCAAUCUUUAUCUGAAAGUCAAUCUGAGUUUUUAAAUUUGGACGCCAGAUGCGAAUGGUCCGCAACAAACCGCUCAAUGCUCGCGCUUAAAGUGUUCCUGCUCGCCUUGAGCCUGUAUAUUGAUUCUGCUUAUCCUUCCUCGAUCCAGGUUCCGUUGGACCUACAUAAACAUAAGCCGAGAACGCUGCACGGAAGGUUUCUGCAUAUAACAGAUAUCCAUCCGGAUCCAUACUAUACACCUGGAACUUCUCAAUCCAAGGCAUGCCACAGGAAACGGCCAAAGAAGAAAAGCGACAAAGCUGGAUACUACGGAACACCUUACUCAGAAUGCGACGCGCCAUUUAGGCUCACGAAUUACACGCUUGAUUUCAUCGAAGAGAAUUGGGCUUCUGAGAUUGACUUUGUGAUCUGGACUGGAGAUAAUGCCAGACACGACAACGACCGGAAGAUACCGCGUACUCCCAGCGAGAUUUACACUUUAAACAGGUCAGUUGCUGAGAGGAUGGAGAGGAUUUUUUUACAUCGUGGCAUUCCGGUGAUUCCAAGUCUGGUCGGCCGUCAGGUAAUAAUGACGUUUGGCGUAUGUUGGCAUGCAUUCUUUUCGACUUCCAAGCCGCUUAAUUGGAGCACCCAGCUCAUGCGAGUGUGGAUUAUAUGCUGUUCAGUUUACACAAUGCUCACGGUGAUUACAACAGGUCCCAACAGCAUUACGAAUGAAUACGCCUCGUAUGUCCUGUUCUGCAUGUCGCUCGGAGUUCAGCUAACUCUGCCAAGUAUUUGGAGCCACUUCAUCCCCUUUCCUUACCUGCAAGUCUUUCAACGAGGCGCUUACUAUACCGUCGAGGUCGUCCCCGACGAAUUGGCUGUCAUAAGCCUUAACACGAUGUAUUUCUAUGAUUCUAACAAAGGCACGUGGAUGUAUGCGAUGUCAUGUUCUCCCGCUGAUACAUGCACAGUCGUUUCUGGUUGUGUAUACACUGCACGGGAUGAUCCUGGAAAUCUUCAACUUGACUGGCUUGAAGUUCAAUUGAAAAUGUACCGUGAACGGGGGAUACAGGUAUGGUUAUCAGGCCACGUCCCCCCUUCCCCAGGCAACUACUUUUCCGAAUGUUACGUUCGAUACGCUGAAUUGGCGCUAAGAUUCCAAGACACUAUUCUCGGACAUUUGUAUGGGCACAUGAAUGCCGACCACUUCUUUUUUCUUGAAGCCGUCGAUCUCGUACCGAAAACAAAAUUCAAAUUUACGAAGGGUGUCGGACUCUAUGAAACGCUCCUAAAUGACUUUUCCUCGCUGCCUAAAUCUUCAAAUAUAGUCAUGGAUGAAUACGCGGCGGUGAACGUGGCACCAUCCGUAGUGCCUAAUCCAUACCUCCCAAGCUUUCGGAUCUUUACAUACAACAUCUCUAAGAAUGCUCAGCAUGAAUUGCAGGGCGCAUUGAAGAAAAAGAAGCGCAAGCACGGACAUGAUCGAGGAGACAAGGGGAACAAAACAACCCAUUGUCAAAUAGAGGAGCACCAGAAGACCUGGAUCUGCCAUUUGAAUGAUCCUUGGCACUCGGAUCCGGACUCCCCAUCUAGGAGUAAUCAACGAUGGACACCCCUGGGUUUCGCCCAGUACUAUCUUCCAAGCAUCAAAGACGCCGACAAAAGUCACCCACCGCAUUUUGAGCUGGAGUAUGUGACAUACUCUGUCGCCAAUCUGCACCCACGUAAAGGAUUGGAAGAUGAUUUCCAAUAUCCAAUUCCUUUGAAGCACCUGCCAACACCACUUCAGAACGCGACGACAAGCAAGAGCAAGUAUGCGCCUUAUGGGUUGGCUGAUUUAACGAUCGAGUCGUGGGUUAGACUUGCUCGUCGGUUGGGAGAUAGUUCUCAUGGAAAAUUGCGGAAGAGGUUCCGCAAGUACAUGUUUGGAGGAGGAAAGGAGGGAGAAUAA